AUGCUUUUAUCUUCUUUAAUAAACGACUCUCUAUCACAAGCUAAUGCCACAGUAUCAUCGACGACAGUUGUUGCUAAUCCUUUAUCAACAACGGUGUUUCCGGCUGCACCUUUACCUCCAUUUUCCGCAACAACUUUGUUUCCACUUCAAAAUGCGUUGUCAUUGAAUGCUGAUAUAUUGAGGUUGAAUGGAGUGCAUCUGAAUGAUGAAGACAAUGAUUUUAGAAUAAAGAACGAGGCUGAGGAUCAGGUAGGGGGGAGGAUUUUGGAUUUUGAAGGCGGUUUUUAAAAAAGUUUUUUGAUUUUUAAAUUAGAAAUAUUAAUAAAAUAAAAAUUUUCUUGUGUUUUUGUUAUUUUAUACUGUUUUAACGUGCAAAAACGUCAUGACUUAUUAUUAUUCCAACCUAAAUCACCUUCCAUCUUUUAGCCCCUAGACCUCUCAACCAAGAAAACCCCUCGCUGUACCCCAGAACCUUGUUCAUCAACACGAAUAUCAGUGAUUAAGUCCCCAUCAGUUGGUGUUAAACGCUCAACCUCUUCAGUAUCGUAUCGUUCAGCUCCGGAUUCUGAUGUUUCCGAGCAUUUCAGACGCUCGUUGAGUGGUAAAUGGCCAAGACGAACUCAAUAUAGCUAUAAUGGAGGGGACAGCGAUAGCAAAAGGACGUCUGCAUCUAGUACACCUAGUGCUAUUAGGUCACCUGCAGCUACUAGGAAACAGAGGACUUCUAAGAUCAUUAUUAAUGAAGGAGAAGGUAGGGUGAUGUUUUUACUGGAUAAAAAAUGUAUUUUAGAGUUUCAGUUCCUACCUACAUGUAGUAUAUUAUAUGUAGCUAUAUUAUCUGUACUAAUCAAUACCUUUUUCAGUAGAAGAUCACUUCCGAAAAGCGUUGGGCGAAGAAGCCUUUAACUUAUUCAAAUUAGGACAACAAACCAAACCCCGGUCGAACUCAGCUCGAUAA